UAUACCAACUGAAUAUGUCAACAAUGACAGAAGAUUCGGGAAGAGUGAAGGACCAUCAUUGUUUUAAAAAACUUCUUUUUAGUUUCCCUGGUGGAGGAAAGGAUCUUUUCCAGGUUUACGAUGACUGGGCAGACAACUAUGAGUCGGAUUCGACAAGUCAUGACUACGUUGCCCCAACGAAACUGGCAGAUAUUGCAUCUGAUAUUAUCGAUGAUAAAUCAGCCAGAAUCUUAGAUGCAGCAUCAGGCACCGGGAUGGUAGGAGCUGAGUUAAAACUGCGAGGUUUUACCUGCAUCGACGCCUUAGAUCCGUCUCAGCGUUCCUUAGAUAAAAGUAAGACACACCAGGCUUAUAUGAAUUAUAUCUGCGAUACUCUCGACGAUCAUAAGACUGAGAUUCAAAACGAUGUCUACGAUGCUGUAUUGAUGUGCGGAUCUUUUGGACUCUGCGGUCAUGUUACUGAUUCGUGCUUUCCUGAGCUAAUCCGCAUCACAAAACCAGGGGGUUUCAUCAUGUUCACAGUUAGCACCCAGGUACUAGAUGAAUGGCAAGACAGACUCGAUGCAUCCAUUAAGUCAUUUACUCAACAGGGUCUAUGGCAACUUGUGGAGAAACGCUGGUGUCAGUACGGAUAUUAUGGCACGCAGAAACUACAAGCAAUGGUACCCGUCCUCAAGAUCACCUAAAUAGCAACGAUAGGUCAACAUCAGGCCGAGCCUGAACAUCUGACGUCACGCAUUCGAGGCCCGUCAGUUAUGAGACAUAAAAUAUAAGAAACCGUAUUACUCUCCAAAAAAAGACAUAACAUUGCUCCAACAAGCACGACAAAUAUAAAACAAGUUACGAAAGGCAGGCACUCAGAUACAAGUAUUGCACAAGAAACAACGCACAAAGAUUCUAAGAAUAAACUCCCUACACACCCAGUCUGGCCAUGUAAACAAGAAGGUAACAAUAAUAAAUACGCCACAGAGCUCCCAUUGAGCCAACGUCAAUCCCCGUCCAGAAUCACCUUUCACCUUACACACUUUUCACAAGGAGAUGCACAGUCAAAUCCUUCAAACAUAAUUAUCAACAACAUUACAUGCAAGUCACAUGUAGAUGUACAUACCACACAUUGUACACUGAAUGCAGACGACUGGUCCCCUGUCUUUAUCCAGAAGACUAUUUUUGCCACAUCCAUUGGGAUAAACAAAAAAUUAAAUAAAUGAACUUAGCCUUGCCGAAAUAUUAUACAUGAUCUGAAAAGGUUUGUUUCAAAAGAGGGCGCUGUCACAGACUCGCUCCCUCAAAAUAGACCUUAUCGCAAAUACCAAUGC